GGGUCACCAGCCCAGAAUAUUCAUUCCACUGCCAGCAGCCGAACUGUGAACAACAGUAACAGAAAUAGAAAGUUUUUAAGGUCUCUUCGAAGCAAAGCAAACAAACUUUUUCAACAUGUCAUCUGAGGAUCCAGCAGCCGGAGGUGAGCCAGCAGGCGAUGGAGCCUCCGGUGGAGGAUCUGCGGGAUCGACCACGGCUGGAGCAGCCCUGUUGAUGGCCAGCCCUUGGCUGACGGCGGCCGCUGCCACUGCCUACGCCACCACUGCCAUGUGGGCCAAGCUACGUGAGAUGGGGAUCUUCAAGAGUUUGCGGGGUCGCAAGGCAGCAGCCGCUGCUGCCGCCGCCGCCGCCGCCGCCGCAGAAGGCGCCGCAGCAGGCGAUGUUGCUACCAACGUUGAGGACUACUCGUCGCUGGAGCUUAUCCAGGAUGCAGCUGCAAACAAUGGUGUGCUUCUGCAGGAUCUGGAACUGCAGCAGCGUGGGGAGGGUCUGGGACCCGAUCGACCACUGCAGAUGUCGCCCAUUGACUUUUAAAUGGGUGGCAACAGGAUGAGGACACAAAUACACUACACUAACCGACACGCACACACUUAAUUGAUAAUGAACCCCACACACACACACAUGCACACUGCACACACACCACACACUUAUGCACACACACACACACCACAUACACAUAUAUAUAUAAAAGAUAAUUGUUGUAAUGCUUGCGCGUUCCAAAGGGGAUGGAUAAGCAGGAUAGUACCAGUACAAACACACACACACACACAUCGCCACCCUCAAAGGCCAAAACAAAUUGUUAGUACAUAGUCGAUAGUUCGGCCAAACCAAAUUAAUUGUGAAUCAGACACGAAGAUGCUUACUUAAGCCUCCUCCAACGACAAGAUGUAGAGUCCAGUACAGACAUAUAAACCAUUUAUUGAAAGACUAAAA